AUGGCCAGCCACACCCUGAGUAGGGGGCCUGUCCCCACUACCUCGCCCCGGCCCGCCACGACGCCCACCCCGAUGAAGCCGACGGCGCUAACCGCCGUCGACGACGACGCCAUCGAGGAGGACGGUGAGCUCGAGGACGACGACGAGCUGAUGGCGCUGCUGGACCUGUCGACGCCGACGCAGUCGUCUAAUAACGUCAGUGGCGAUGACUCGGUCACUGUCGGAAACGGUGUCGGGACUACUUCCGACACUGCCGACAUAAGCGCCGACGGCGUCGCCAACGGCGCCGCGACUACUAAUGGCGCCGCGACCGCUAACGGCCACGCCCACGGCGUCGCCAACGGCGCCGCCACUACCAACGGCCACGCCAGCGACGCCGCCACGCUAAACUCCCCGAGCAAAGUGCCGCUACAUCUCCCGCUAUUAGUGCGCCGCACCUUCAUCCACCCGCAGUGCUAUUACGACCACCCGGACCUCCAAGUGGAGCCCGUCAAACUUAAGUUCAGCGACGACCCCGCCGUACUCACCGAGAACUGGACGCCGGCGGAGGUCGCGGCGCUGCGGCGCAUCGUGCGCUUCCACUUCACCCCCCACGAAGUCAACGUCGGCGGCGGCCACCCGAUGAUGGAGUACCACGUCGGCUUCGAGGCGAUCUCCCCUAACGACUACGACCACGUGCUGCCGAUCGUUCUGUGCAUCUGGUGGCAGGAAAUGAACUUGCACAUCGUCACCUCGGUGGACAUUAUUGUCCUUCUCGAACACAUGGUGCGCCAGCAGUUUUCUAUUGAAGAAAAGAACCGCAUCCGGCGCAACCUCCAGCUGUUGAAGCCGUACACGGUGGCGCGCACCAACCACCGCUUCCUCCCCUUCUUCAACUUGAUUAUGGAGAUGGAGGACCCGCGCCCUCGUAAUAUCGAAAAAGAUAUUAAAGUGUUCCGAUGGGCCGAUCUCGGGCUUGCGCUUGAGAAAGUGCUCUUUAAGUAUACCUGGAACGUGCCCCGGUUCCAGUUCUACCUUGUCCGCAAGGAGAACCAGUUCGGCCAGCUCCCGGCGCCGCCGCCGCCCAAGCACCAGCCCGACGAGUUUGUCAGCGCCGAUAGAGUGCGCCGGAUGCGCCGCCAGUGGAGCAAAGGCGGUGGCAGCGGCGGCGCCCACCACUUGCACACUAAGCCCACAAACGCCGAGUUGGCGCUGGCAGCGGCGCUCGCCAGUGGUGUCGGUGUCGGCGCCGGCGCCGCCCUGUCCACGCCCGGCAACUCGUCGAGCUACGACGACGACAACCUGGGCAAGAAACUGGGCGAAACCACGGUGCUGAACCUGACGCUGCUGGACGAAGACAUGACCAACGGCGUCGGCUCGUUGCUGCUGUUGCUGCUGCUGGGCGGGUACCUGAACUCGGUAUUCUCCGGGCUGCUGUCGCUGGCGGAUUCGGAGGCGACGCUGGCGCUGGACGGGCUGGUGAUGGCGCUGCGCAAGUCGCCGGACAAGAGCGCCCCCGCCGCCAGCAACGGCGCCGCCAGCGCCGACAGCGCCCAGCCGUUGCAGACGCGUUACCCGCUCCACUACUACCAGUUCCCCGCGGGGCUGCAGUUGCGCUACGACAGCAAGGCGCCGGUAGUGCCGCUGCCUGAAGUGCCAUCGUCAGCCGUUGUCGGUGGCGGCGGCGCCACCGUGCUCCCGGUACCGCCGCUCGCCAAAGGCGCCACCACCUUGCCGCCCAUCGCCACCAUCCACCCGGGGAUAGCGCUGCCGCCGACGGUGCUCUUGCCGCCCCUCCGCGACACCGCGCGCGUCGCCUACCCGCCGCCGCCGGCGCUCCCGUCGCUUUCGUCCGUCAUCCCGGCGUCGCCAAAAGUGCCCGGGAUAUCGCCCCCCCACCUGCAUCAGCUGCCGAGAAGCCGUUAG